CUCCCGAUUCAUCGCCGACCCCCCUCCUCUCCCCCCUCCCGCAGCACUCGCCCGCUUACAGACACCAAUCCACUCCGCCGCCUCCCACACUCCUCUCCACCAAGCCACCGCCGGGCCAGAAGAACCCCCCUCCGUGUCUCCUCGGCCAAUCGCCCCUCGCCCCCCACACGCCUCCGAUUCCCCGCGUGCCUCAUUUUCGCUUGGCGCGCGCGUCCUUUCGAUCCGGCUCUAUCCGUCCGUACCAGCGGCGAAGUCGGGCGCCUCUGCUCUCUGCGGCGAGCGGCUAGGGUUUCCGCCCGAGCUCCCGAGCUCCGGGGCGCGGGGGGAUGGCGGCCCAGGGAGGCGAGGUGGCUGCCGGAUCCGACCCCAAGCCCAACGAGGGCUGGAGCGAAGAGCAGCCAAGCUCAUCUCAGUACCAACCUUCAGCAUCUGGUCAUCAUGCGUGGUCUUCAAGUGGGGCUUCCUGGAACUAUCCAGUGGAUAAUUCAAACCAAAAUGCAGUUUACUACGAUCCACAAAGGGAUGUCUCAGUUUCAGGAGCUACUCAAAAUGUGACAAGUGGUGCACCUCAUGUGACUCAACCGGCUGUUGGCACAGCUAAUGCAACCAAUACUUAUGCACCUUACUCAAAUUCUGUUCAACCUGGCUACAAUGCUGCACAUUAUCCAAACUAUUACUAUAAUUAUCCACAACCAGCAACCGAUUCUUCUGUUCACCAAGGAGUAGAUCAAAGUUCAGGUGCUGCAUAUCAGCCUCUUACUUCAUUUCCAAAUUCAGGAUCUUACGUUGGUCCUACAAGUAACACAUAUUAUAAUGCUGGUGCUGAUCAGACUGCGCAAGCAUAUGCUACCAACAACUAUUAUUAUCAAAACAAUGCCUGGUCUGGAGGAAGUUCUGGAGAUGUUCACGCCCAGACAUAUCAGACUUACACUCCAUCAGAUACUAAUGCUGCCCAAAGUUCUUGUUCUCUGCCCACCACUUCUUUCCACUGUCCUCAACAGUACAACCAGUGGUCUAAUUAUUAUGACCAGCCUGCACCAAACUCCGGUGGCUUCGCAGUUGCUGGCAGCAGUGCUUCUGAUACAAAAUCUGCUAGUGUCGGUUCUGGUUAUGCAUAUCCCAGUACCCAGCCACCUCCACCAGGUACUACCCAACGGAAAAAUGAUGCUGUUGCACCUACUGCACCUCCCCAGGCAGCGGGAAUCACAGGGUUUCGAAGCCAGCACGUCAACCAGGCACCAGGCGCCCCAGGUUUUCAAAGCCAGCACGUCAACCAGGCACCAGGCGCCCCAGGUUUUCAAAGCCAGCACGUCAACCAGGCACCAGGUACCCCAGGGUUUCAAGGCCAGCAUGCCAACCAGGCACCAGGCGCCCCAGGGUUUCAAAGCCAGCAUGUCAACCAGGCACCAGGCGCCCCAGGGUUUCAAAGCCAGCACGUCAACCCGGCACCAGGCGCCCCAGGGUUUCAAAGCCAGCACGUCAACCCGUCACCAGACACUCCAGGGUUUCAAAGCCAGCAUGUCAAUCUGGCACCAGUCACACCAGGGUUUCAAAGCCACCACGUCAACCCGUCACCAGACACUCCAGGGUUUCAAAACCCCUAUGCUAAUAAGACAGCUGCUGUCUCAGGGUUUCAGAACCAUUAUGCCAACCAGGCGCCAGCUUACCAACAAAACUCUACAAGUCAUGGCCAGUUACCAUUAAGUAACCAACGAGAUGAACAGAAAGCUUUGCAUGCGCAAGGUCAAAGCUCAAAUGUUUAUUCAGUCAAUCAUGUUAAUGAAAACUCUCAACCAACUUUGCAGGGUUUUACGAGAACAGUUGCCAGUGUAAAUAAAGUACACAUCCCGACAAACCCUCGAAUAGCUCCAGGUUUCCCAAUGUCAAUGCCCCAAACUGGGAAGAAAUUAGAAGUUGAUUCAUCGCUAAAACCUGCUUAUGUUGGUGUUAACAUGCCCAAGAAUGAUGUGAAUGCAGCUCAAGAUGGUCAUGGAGCUGCAAUUCAGGGAUCAUUCCCUGUUUCACUUUGUACUUAUGUCGAGCGGAAUCUUUCCCGUUGCAAGGAUGAUGCCCAGAGAUCUGCCACCCAAAGCAUCAUGAAGGAGAUAAUCACCAAGGCAACUGCUGAUGGGACCCUUCAUACUAAGAACUGGGACAUUGAGCCGUUAUUAGCUUUGCCAGAAAAUGCCAAAGGCACAUUUAUGACAAGCAACGCAAAGGAUUCAAGUCCGUUCUCCUUUUCAACAUCUAGGAGGAGCCCGAGUAGACGUACGAAAAGUAGGUGGGAGCCUGUUGCAGAGGAAAAAGUAACUAACAACAUGGAAGUUGUUUCGAAAGAGCCAGCAAAAAGUAAUGCCUGCACUACUUGGGAAAAUACUAGAAGAACGGGUAACACUUGGAAUCUUGGAAACUUUGUCCAGUCGCGUCAGGCUCCUCCAAGCCAAUGGAAUCAGAGGCCCUCCAAAAAGCAGCGGAUUGGUGGUAAUACGAAUCUAACAAAAAACGGGAAUGCUUCAAGUGACAGUGAUAAGGAGCAGGAUCUUACGAAAUAUUAUGCCAGUUCAAUUGCACUAACAAAUUCACCCGAGGAGAAGAAGCGACGGGAGCAUAGAUCUAAGCGAUUUGAACGUAGUCAGGGUGCAUCAUCAAAAUCUAUGAGUUCCAUACCACAUAAGAAUGGAGCAGCCAAUGUAUACACAAGGGGAGCCAUUUCAAUGCUUAAUAAUAGAAGUAAUGGAGAUGGUGCUAGCUUGGCAGUGGAGGACAUCGACUGGGACGCACUUACAAUUAAGGGAACGUGUCAGGAAAUCGAGAAACGAUAUCUACGCCUUACAUCCGCUCCUGAUCCAGCCACUGUAAGGCCAGAAGAUGUCUUAGAGAAAGCUCUUCACAUGGUUGAAACAUCUGAAAAGAAUUACCUCUAUAAAUGUGAUCAAUUGAAAUCUAUUAGGCAAGACCUUACUGUUCAGAGGAUUCAGAACGAGCUGACUGUCAAGGUUUAUGAAACUCAUGCACGCUUCGCACUUCAAGCUGGAGAUUUGUCCGAAUAUAAUCAGUGCCAAUCACAGCUGACGAGGUUAUACGGUGAAGGAAUCGCUGGCUGUCAUCUUGAGUUCUCCGCUUACAACUUGUUGUGUGUCAUGUUGCACUCUAAUAACAAAAGAGACUUGCUUUCAUCCAUGGCAAGCUUGUCAAAGGAGGCCAGGCUAGACGAAACAGUCAAGCAUGCACUUGCAGUUCAUUCUGCUGUUUCAUCUGGAAACUAUGUCAUGUUCUUUAAAUUAUACAAGAAGGCACCUGGCUUGAACUCAUGUCUUAUGGACCUCUAUGUUGAGCGGAUGCGUUUUGAGGCAAUAAAAUGCAUGUCAAAAUCUUAUCGGCCAACUGUACCUGUGAGAUAUGUUACACGAGUUUUGGGAUUCACAAGAGUUGACGUACUUUGUGAGGCUAACGUAGCUGAUGGUUUGGAAGAAUGUGAGGAAUGGUUAAAAGCACAUGGUGCCGUUCUUACAGUAGAUGAAAAUAGCGGAGAAUUACAGAUAGACACAAAGGUUUCUUCCGCUUCUCUAUACAUGCCGGAGCCUGAUAAUGCUGUUUCACAUGGUGAUGCAUCUCUUGCCGUAGAUGAUUUUUUGGCGCGAGCAUCAUAAAGAAUGUCAUGGUGAUUGGGUGAGCACCUUUUACCCUUUUGGCACUGAGCUUUGAUGCACUGCGAUAUUACAUAUUGCCAAUGCCAGUAGAGGAAUACUAUAUUAAUGCAGGACAUGCACAUGAAAUGGACCGCGGAUGAAGGGUAUUGCAACUAAUUGGCUUCACAAACAGAUGCAGCACGUGAGUAGGCGACGUUUUGGUAGCCUCACAUUGUGCUCUAAUGCCGUUGGAUCCAUUGGCAAGUUCUGAUAAGCGAUAAAUCUCUGGCUCUGUGACUCCCGUAUCAUAAUCAGAAGUAUGGGCAGCACUAACAGAUACCAAUCACCUGGUAAAAGUUAUAUAUUGGUCCGAGCAUUGCUUUUGUACUGUCUGCUAGGCAUAAGCAUAUGUUGGUGAGAAUAUGGUCGACCCAGUUCAGUGUACUGUACAAUUUUUGUUCACAUAGGUGUUGCUCGAUGUCAGUUUUCGUCAAAUUCGACAAUACUGAUGUUAGAAAAUUUUGUUCCCUCAUUUUCUCAGGAGAAGUCAUGUUUCUCAUGGUUAGAACAAGUGGUAAGUGUGACUAAUGUUUUAUUUUCUGUUACCAUGUUGUGGACCGUUGUAAACUGCAGAACAAUGGAUAUGAUAUGCAAGUGUUUUUGUUGUCUCGUUCA